CUGAAUGAUUAUUUCCCCGCCGGUCCAUAUUCCACUUCUCCGCUCUCGACAUAACUCUUCCUGUCGAGGUGCUGUAGCUGCAGUGGUCUGGCUGAUGGGGCAACGUCGGGCCUACCCUCCAACGAAGUGCCACGCAACAUCUAAGGCAAGGACGAGGAAGUAUUCAGGACUCUUGGCCCUGCAAAGAAAACUCUAGGCGCAUAGAACACUCAUGAUCCGUCACCGUCUGCGCGGUGCAAACUUGUGGGAAUCAAAAGCUUUGCUCUCGAUAUGAAUAAAAGCACUUACAUCCCAAACUUGAUCGGACAAGAACGGGAAGCGCCGCUGUAGUCUAAUGGGCGUAUUGGGCGAAGAAGAAAAGGAAGGCGAGGACAACGAGGUGGGCAAGGGGCGGCGGUGAUUCAACGUGGGCGACUUUGAUCCACAGCCACUGCUGCGGACCAAGCUCCUGACUCGGAGGAAUUGAUAUGCGUGGCUGUCCUUGUCAAAAAUCCAGCCGCCUACACAUUUUUCCGGUUCACAACACGUGGCUCCCCAGGCAGCAACCGUAAGACCUGCCCAAGUUCUGAAGCACUUGCGCAUCGCUGGAACAUCCCAGCUGGUUUGCUAACAUCUUUAUAAAUGUGUGCGACUGCACCCACGUGGCCGUUCAUUUGAAGACACAAGCCAACGUCGGCAUGCGAUAUCGCUCCGUCUCGGCCAGCUAUAAGCUCUCUGCAUAGUGGCUUCGACAUAUCGUCCUCCCAGCGCAAGGGCCCCGAGGUGCUGGCAAUAAUAGUUCUUAAGCAUGUCAAAUGAUGAAUCUGUCCGUCGCAUGCUGCGCUUGAUGGGAUGGCCACCAGAACCAGCCGCGUUGCAGGCAGCAGUCUUGUGCCCUCUAGCUGGAGAGUCAGUUGCACGUUCGAUGCCGAAAACGCUCCUGACGCAUACAUGGUUGAACAGUUUGGCAGCAAUAUGGGGCUGAGGAUGCCUGGCACGAUUGCACCGAUUACUGAUAGCCUGGGAUACCAAGUCCAUGGGGCAUCAUUCUGCAACUUCCUCUUUGCAAGCGAAUAUGCGAUUGCUCCAGCAGUUGAAAGCGCCACCCCGACGGAGCCCAAAGUAGUCACAGGUUCAUGCAAAAUAACAAUCGCAGACAUGAUAACAACCACACGCUUCAUGGAGUUGAGGACACUGUGCGAGAUUGGUUGCAUCAGCGAUAAGACCCAAAACGAUGACACUUGAUACACCAGAAAAAAACCGCAGGAUUCUACAAGUAUCCCACAAAUCUCAGAACUGGAUACUUUACUUAGAGCAUCAGCCCAUGCAUCGAAUAAUGAUUGCAAACGAAACACGGAUAGCAACGUAACAAACGGCAGAGAUAUGGCGCUGCCAAGAACUGUCAAACGGAACAGUUGAGUUGUUUUUCUAACUGUUGGAUCUUCACCCAAGUCCCCAAUGCGGCCAUACUUUGAAGCACGCACAUUCCUCAAAGCGAAGCAUACGUUCGAGGCCAUGGCGCAGGCCAAGGUCGACAUAUCGAACCCCCAUGAGUUCGCUGUCAAGCACACACCAAGAACACUUGGGACGAGUGUCAGAUAUGUAAAAGGAUUCAAACAAUCCCCCAACAACAGUGCUGAAAAAAGAGCGUUGACGACAGGCUCCACGGAUUUGACCACGUGUGUAAGCGAUACAUGUCCAAAUGUAAGAGCGGCCUGGGUUGUUAUUUGGCCUGCUGCGCAGUGCUAGAAUAUCACCUCGGGACACGGACGGGGUUGGAAGAACGCCGCACCUCCAGAGACAUACUGCAACCACUACUCCGAAAGCUAAUUGGGCCCAAGCAAUGAUCACGGUCGCAUGCAACGAUUUCAACAGCAUUUUGUUUACGAUAUUGUACCUCACAUUUGAUGCAUACCAUAUGAAAACGUAUACAGCUAAUAGUGGCCAAGUUCGCUUGGCGUCCAUUCUCACCGAGCUUCCCACGACAAAUGUCGCGAGCCAGAAUUAACCAGCCACACAAAUGUUGGACGCAUCAAGAAGCGGCUGAAAUGCGUGCCGCCUUGAGAACAAACAGGCUUGAGCCAAAAUGGCUACGGACAUAACUCUUGCUGUCUCUUCUCUCUCCUUCCCAGC